GCGUGGCUCUCGCCGUGAUCCUCAGCAGCGUUCGACAUAUUAGUGACAAGGUUUUCCUAGAGGCUGCUAAGGCACUGACAGAACAGUUGACUGAUGAAGAACUUGCACAAGGAAGACUUUAUCCUCCACUGUCUAAUAUCAGGGAAGUUUCUAUUUAUAUUGCUGUCAAGGUGAUGGAAUUUUUGUAUGCAAACAACAUGGCUUUCCAUUACCCUGAACCUGCAGACAAGAACCGUUACAUUCGCUCAAAGGUUUGGACCUACGAAUACGAAUCCUUCAUGCCAGAUGUGUAUGACUGGCCUGAAUCUAAGGUUCACUGA